GUCUCAGCCGGAGCGGAUCGCGGAGAGGAUCCGGUCUAACCUGCAGCGGUCUGAGGUCUGAGGAGGUCUGCGGGUCUGACGCGGUCUGGUUCGGUCCCCUGUCCGGGUCUGUCCUCGUGAAGCGUCCAGCCGCGGGUCGGAGCGUCGGGGAUAAGUGGCUCACCUGCGGCGUCCUCACCUGCUCGGAGGAGGACCGAGGACCGACCACAGCCCGGGACGAUCCGGGACGAACCGGGACCGGAGAGCCGCCGACAGGACGUCAGAGCGGCCGGCAUGGAGCUCCACAGUCCCAGGACGGGGAUCCGGCUCUGCUGCGCCCUGCUGUGGGGGCUGACAGGCGUUUGGGCCCAGCUCCAGAUGCCGCAGACCAGCCUGGACGUGAUCAAGGGUCAGAUGGUGGUGCUGAAGGCUUCGUACUCGGACGCCGGCGCCGACAUCAGCACCAACACCAUCCUGUGGAACUACGUCUCCAACAGCACGCAGCUGAUCAUCUCCUACACCAAAGACCUCAUGAGUCUGGGCGAGUCGCAGCUCAGAGGUCGCGUGGGGUUCGCCACCACCAUGCCCUCACGAGACGUGUCGCUGUACAUCAACAACACCCAGGAGUCCGACUCGGGCCGCUACCUCUGCCAGGUCAUCAUUCCCGGUAAUCCCGGCCUCACGGCUGAGCUCAGCCUGGAUGUGAAGGUCCCUCCCGCCGUCCCGAAGUGCUCUCUGUCGGGGAAGCCGGUGCUGAAGGGGAACGUGACCCUGAGCUGCAAAUCCAGCUCCGGGAAGCCCGUCCCGAUUUACCGCUGGAGGAAAACCAGCCCCACGUCCGAGGUCUUCUUCUCUCCCAUGCUCAAUGAGAAGACAGGUUCUCUGAAGCUCAGCAACCUGAGCGCCAACAUGUCGGGGAAGUACGUCUGCACGGCGAGCAACUCCGCCGGCUCCGAGAGCUGCUUCAUCAACCUGGAGAUCGUCACCUCCACGAACGUGGGGAUGAUCGUGGGCGCCGUGGUGGGCUCAGUGCUCGGCUUCCUCUUCCUCCUCUUCCUCCUGGGCUUCUUCUUCUUUCUGAAGAGGCGAACGGACAGCGAGGACGACAUGGCCAACGAGAUCAAGGAGGACGCUCAGGCUCCAAAGCGGGUGUCCUGGGCGAAGAGCGGCAUGGGCUCCGACAUCAUCUCCAAGAACGGCACGCUGUCCUCCAACGCCUCCAGCCCCCACCACAAGGAGCCCCCCCACCUCCACAACAACCACCACCUGCACCACCUGCAGCAGUACCCUCAGCGCCCGCCCUCCGACACCGCCUCCAUCAUCACCGCCACGGGCAGCACGGCCGGCUACCGGCAGCGCGGCCCGGGCGCCUCCACCCCCACCCACUACAGCUACAACCACAGCAGCACCCUCCCCCGUGGGCAGCAGGCCCCCUCCCCAGAGACCACCGCCAACGGGAGUUCGGGGCCGGCGGGGCCAGAGCGCUACACUCAGCUGCCACAGGCGCAGGCGCCGCCGCCGCAGGCGUAUGGCCUGCCGCCACAGGCGCCCACCCCGUCGCCCCCGCCGCUGCCCGCCUCCGUCAUCACGGCCUCCAACAUCGCCCGCAUGGGAGGGGUGCCCAUCAUGGUGCCUGCACAGAACCAGGCGGGCUCUCUGGUCUAAAUGGGGGGGCGGAGACACUGUUUACCUGCUUCAAGUAGCCUCAGUCUUUUAUACUCCGUAUGCACUGAUCACUCAGCAAACUAUGUAUAGAUAUGACUUUCAUAUCCAGUAUCCUCUUUUCUACUUUAUCUAAACAUUUUUAAGGCUUUUGUUUUUCAUAUGUAGCUUUUAAACGUUAUAUCGUCCACUGUUGGGGUCCGGCCUGCUCAACCGAAACGCCACCUGAGAGACGAGUCGGCAGGUCUCACGCAGUAAUGAGUGUAUUCUGACUUGUGAGAAGACGGAUACUCCAAGUAUCUCUGCCUGCGAUGGAUUCUCAUCCUUUAAAACGCGUCCAGACUUGAUUCUUUCUUCUUUUUAAAGGUACAAUAUGUAAAGUUGUACUGUAAGGUCACUGACCCGAUGCCAAGUUAGACCAAAUUCUGCCCUGGAGAUUUUCCUUUUGGGGACGUUUCUGCCGCUCUGCAGUGACAUCUUGUGGUCAUAAGUGGUAAGUCUGUAUAAACCACUGCUUCAUCUUAUGGUACACAGUGUGUUACAGUACUGCUUGACGCCAUAUUGUACCAUUAAAGAGAUGGUCUCCGGCGAUGCGGAGUUCAGAGCCGAGCUGAGUCCACCCUCCAGCUGUGAGGAUCUCAAGCUGUAAAUACGGUAUUUAUUGAGCGGACGGCCGGGGACAGACAGCGCAGUGUAAUGUCAGCCCUGUGCGGAACGCGCUGUGAAGCACAGGCCGUGUCGUUUGCCUCCAUUGUAACACUGGAACCAAAGAUAUACAGUGUGUGUCGUAUCUUUACGUCGUCGUGUCCUCGGUGUGUGUUUGCAAGUGGAAGUGAUAAAAAGAGAGGAAAACAGAAACAUUCGACAUCGUUCUGCUUUUUCUGAGACGGAAAUGCUGACGUGAGGGUGUUUCACAGACUAAAGGUGCCUCACGACUGAUUUGAGAAGGGAAAAUAUCCACAAAUGAAAUUGAACUAAACUCACACGGAAUUUGUUGUUCUAAUAGUUUACUUGUGAACAGCUAAAAAAUAACGUUCACCCUUUGGAAUUAGAUAUUUUAUUGCUCCAAAGCCCCCAAAUCUAGAGAGAAAUCCUCUGUAAUUUGACACCAGUCUCAUCAUCAAUAACACUACAUAAAAAGUGUUAAAUACUGUCACUGAUCGACCAAUGAGACUCACUCAAAAACUGAAAUCUAAUCUGCACCUGCAGCUCUGGAGGCAAAUGUUGAAUUCAAUUCAAAUGUCUGAAACACAUUUAUACCAUCCAGGACGACAGGUUCUUAUCGCAGAAAACCAGGAAAUAAACAUGGAGUUUGUGAUGUUUUCAGUCAAAGAGCAUGAUCCGUCCUGCAGUACCACUCCCCAACACCAGAGGGCGCUGUGAGCAAACAGAGACACGCAGGAAGAGGCGAAAAGUGCUGAAACUCUGGAAACACUGACUCUCUGCUGCCACCCAGUGGACUGCAGUGGCACGACCAUGCUGGACCUUCACAGCUGAUUCUUCGUUUUAUUUGACUGAAUCUGCCUCAGAUCCUCUGUAUGAAGGUGGCAGAGCUCCUCUAAAACCCCGAAUCAUCAGACACAGCCACUGUCACCAGCAAAAAAAAAAAAAAAGGCAACUUAUCCGCUCCAAAUAAAGAUAAAUAUCCCUGUUUUGUUAUUUUUCUUACUCUUCGUUCUACACAGCAGUUUAUUUCCACCUGCAAAGUGACUUGAAACCGAUCAAAUUCAACCAGAUUUAACAUUUCUACUUGAAUGAAUUUUCUAAAUUAUCAUUAUUCCCUCUUAAAGAAGACCUGUGCUUUUUUGAUCAGCAAUGUCCUUCACUGCAAUGUGUUAUUUCCACUCAAAAUAGACCGAAAUCAUGUUUAACUUGAUUUCUGUGUACAUACAUACAUACAUACUAAUCUAUUUUUUUAAAUUAAUGCAUCAAUCGGACUCAUUUCCUGGGAUCAGGAAAGAGGCUAAACGCUGCGGUCUUUAUGCAUUUAAAAGACUGUCUGCUGUUUAAUUCUCCCCUCUCUUUGUCAUUGCUGGUUUAGACACAAAAUGACUCCUGACUGACUGACGAUGUGGAGAAGCGAAGCUCUUCCUGCUUGCUGUAUUUGCUUUAUUGUCGUAACACUGGAGCUCCUUCUUUUCUUUUAGCUUUCUCUGUUUGAUUCAUCGACUGCAGCCGUUCUGAAACCGAUCGUUUGGAGAAAUGACGAAGGGGAAAACCUGUAAAAGGCCUCACUUCACACCACUCAUGCAAACUGAGCUCAGCCGAGCGGCGGCUUCGAACCGACGCCGUUCUGAGCUCCUGUGGUGGAAAAAAGAAGGAUUUGAUUCAGGAACAGCGAAGCUGGAGACAUUUCAAUGGAUUUCUCUCAGUUCAGUCGUAAAUGUGCAGUUUAAAAAGUGUAUAUUCAGAUAAAUUCAAGCCUUUAUUUUUAUACGGCCAUGUAUGCGAGCACAGGAGCAGCCUGUAACUCCAGGACCAGUAAAUGUUUCAGAUGAGUUAUCGACCCGGAUGGAUUGUAUGACUGCAGUGACCUGACAUGUGCUUAUUUAUACAGACGGCCAUUAAUGUGCAGAGGCGCUCGUCUCCUCUCAUAUUUAUGUUCAAUGAAAAUGCCUUGUAUGAAAUUUUCAAAUAAAAUACAAAUGAGUA